ACCGGAACCUGAUGUAUGCUUCCAACUGUUAAACGUGUAAAUUUUAAAUUAAUACCCAACUGAUCAUCCUCGUACCGUUUUCAACCCUUACAAUAUAGGCGCCGGUACAUUUUUUCCUAUGUAGAAGGAUUGUUGUAUCGGAAGAAGUGUGAAGUAACCAGUCCACAAAUACGGGAAGUGAAACUAUUUUGGAUUUCGCGUCUUUUAUCGAGAUAAAAGAUACAAACGCAUGUCUAAAUGUCGCACAAAACGAAGCUGAAAGACGGAUUUUACCGUGUAGAAUUGAAUAAAACUGUAUGGGAAGUUCCCAACCGAUAUGAAUCCCUGACACCAGUGGGAAGUGGGGCCUAUGGACAAGUGUGUUCAGCCCUGGACAAGCAGACCAGCAGGAAAGUGGCCAUCAAGAAGCUGUCCAGGCCUUUCCAGUCAGCCAUCCAUGCCAAACGCACAUACAGAGAACUGAGAAUGUUGAAACACAUGGUCCAUGAAAAUGUCAUAGGGCUGUUAGAUGUAUUUACUCCCACCGAAACAUUUGAUGAAUUUGAAGAAGUUUAUUUAGUAACGUCACUGAUGGGUGCUGAUAUGAACAACAUUAUUAAGUCACAGAGGCUUAGUGACGACCAUGUACAGUUCCUUAUCUACCAGGUCUUGAGAGGAAUGAAGUACAUCCAUUCAGCUGGAAUUAUACACAGAGAUUUGAAACCAAGUAAUUUAGCUGUAAAUGAAGACUGUGAACUAAAGAUUCUUGACUUUGGUCUUGCACGUCACACAGAUGAUCAGAUGACGGGCUAUGUGGCCACUCGCUGGUAUAGGGCUCCAGAGAUCAUGUUGAAUUGGAUGCACUACAAUCAGACAGUGGACGUGUGGUCGGCAGGCUGUAUAAUGGCAGAGAUGUUGACAGGGCGACCGUUGUUCCCAGGGACAGACCACAUUGAUCAGUUAAAUAAGAUUUUGUCUCUUGUUGGGACGCCCAAUGAUGAGUUGCUAGAAAAAAUAAGUAGCAAAGAGGCCAGGAACUACAUUCAACAGCUGCCCAAGUGGGAGAAAAGAGAUUUCAAGAAAGUCUUUGAGGGAGCAAAUCCUCAUGCUAUUGACCUGUUGGAGAAGAUGCUAGACCUGGAUGCGGACACACGUAUCACUGCAGAGCAGGCCCUGGCCCACCCAUACCUCAAGCAGUACGCCGACCCCUCGGACGAGCCCACUGCCCGCAAGUAUGACGAGUCAUUUGAAGACAUGGAGGUGGAUAUAGCUGAAUGGAGAAAGUUAGUAUACGACGAAGUAAUGAAUUUCCAACCCAUCAAUACCAUGGACAUGGAUUAAAUGCAUUCGGAGGACAUGAUUCUGGCCAUGUAGACUAUCAUAUGCAUAUGUUUGCUUUUUUACUAUGCUGCACUGUUAAUUAUGUUUGGGAAAAAACUAAAUGAGUCUGGCUUUGGGAAAAUGUGUUUCAAUGCAUGUGCAGUCCACACAGGCUAAUCAGGGACGACACUUUUUGCCUAGACUGAAUUUUUGUUUGGAAGAGACUUCCUUUAAAUGAAAAAUUCACUAUAAGACUGCGCAGGCUAAAAUUGGACGACACUUAACCCUUUGCAUGCUGGGAAAUUUAUCGUCUGCUAAAAUGUCGUCUGCUGAAUUUCUACAAUUAGCAUUUCUUCAGAAAAAAAACUCAAAAAAUACUAUCAGAAUAGCAAACAGUUUGGACCCAGAUAAGACGCCACAUUCUGUGGCGUCUCAUCUGGAUCCAAACUGUUUGCAAAGGCCUUCAAAAUUCGGUUCCCGCACUGAAAGAGUUAAAGCACACGCAUUAAGCCCCAUUUCCCCAGAGUGAGGAUCUAAUAAUGCAAUGUGUUGUAAUCUGUUGAUGAACAUUGACUACUAGUAUCUCAGCUCAGAAUAUACCGGUAGUUAUCUUGGCUCAAAACAUAGACGGUCGUGGUUCAAAAUAUAAAGUUACAGUGUUCAUUGUAAUAGUAAAACAGAAACGUUAAGGUAGUCAUUUAUUAUUGAAUGUUGUAGCAAAAUUGUUUCUGUUAAUUUAUCAAUAGUACUAGAAACAAAUCAUAAAACUAAAUUACAUGUACAUUGGUGUAUUGGUUUGGUCAAUUGCUUCCAAAGUUAGGAUUAUAAACUUGUGUACCAGUAUUGUCAUUUACUGUAUACUGUUUCAUCAUACCAUCUGUAGUCAUGUUUUCAAAAUGAUUUGUAUGGUUAUAUUGCUUAUUUUCAUUAGUUAAGCUUUAAAAAUUUAUGUUAUCUUAGUUAACUGCAGUCUUUUGGAUUCUUAACAGUGUUAUCAAAUAAUUCAAGGGUUAUAUAAGAAGAAUUAAAGAAUUUGUGAAACUAAGAAAUAUUUCAAUGAAGUUAUGAUUUUUUAAUCGUUUACUUAUCAUCUCUGUUAAUUAUAACUAAAGGAAUAAUGCUCUUUUUCAUAUGUCAUAAUUUUUUUUAAACGUGUUAUUUAAAGCAUGGAAUAUAUUCUGAUCAACAGAGAUUAUUUUUAGUUCAUUAUUUUCUAGUUGCCUGUUACUUUUGGAGAAUGCCAUAAACACACCCUGUAUGUAAGCCUUUUUGUUCAUUUCCCAUUAUUUCUCAAAUAUAAAUUUUAUUAGCUCGGCUGUUUUUGGAGAAAACUCCGAGGUAUUGUCAUAGCCUCUCCGACGUCCGACGUCCGGGCGUGGUGCUAAAACCUUUACAUUGGCUCUAAAAUUAAAGUGCUUCCACCUACAACUUUGAAACUUCAUAUGUACAUGCACCUUGAUGAGUUCUACACGCCACACCCAUUUUUGGGUCACUAGGUCACUGUGACUUCUAAUAUAAAACUAACUUUGCCUCUAACAUCAAAGUGCUUCCACCUACAACUUUGAAACUUCAUAUGUAGAUGCACCUUGAUUAGUUCUACACGCCACACCCAUUUUGGGUCACUAGGUCAAAGGUCAAGGUCACUGUGACCUUAAAAAAAUAAAAAUAUCUGACAAGCUUUCGCAGCCGAGCGUGGCACCCGUUAUGCGGUGCUCUUGUUUAUUGAAUGAUUGAUUAAUUCAUAAUGUUACCCAGGUGUGUCAAGAAUUGGUGAGUGAGUUUCGACACCUUAAUAUAUUUGUUUAAAGGGAACUUUUCACAGAUUUUGGCAGAUAUUGAAGUUUGUCAUUAAAUUCUUUAUAUUGAUAAAUGUAAACAUUGGAUCUAAAAUGCUCCAGUAAAAACAACUAAAAAAUUAAAGAAUGAAAAAAAGUUACCCUCAACUGGGCUGAAACCACUGACCACGGGAGUAAAAAAGAAGAGUAAAGCGCUUAGACCACUCGCCCAUUAGUGCUCAUACAAUGAGUGAUGUAUUUUAUUCUUUACAUAAGAAAUCCUAGUACUGUCACAAAAUAUAAUGACAACAACAGAACUCUCCAAAUUAUUCAAUCGUUUCGCGUUACAAUGCUUUAGAAUUUUCAGGUUUUUAAAUCGUCAAAAGAUGCAUACAAUGGAUAUUUUAAAGCAUGGUAAAUGUUCAGUAUUACUGUUUUUUCACAUAUAUCAUCAAUACAAUGAAAAUUUGCGAAUCUGAAACAAUUUAUUUUACUUUUGUCAAUUUACCAAAACGUGAAAAGGUCCCUUCAAGCUUCAUGAGAUGUUAUACUGUAGAAGCAAGUAUAGUGGGCUUUUGCAGAGCAUUAUUGUUAUGAUGUUUUAAUAUUGUCAAUCUUUUGUAUAAUAUUGAAUCAUGUUAGAAUUGCAGGUACUGAUCAAAUUGUUAUUAUGCUCAUAAACAUGUACUGAAAUCAUAAGACAAGUUGUUAGUUGAAAUGUCGCUAUAUUGUAUGAAUUGUUUUAGACUAUAUUAAUGUAUGUUUUUUUUUUGUAUAAUUUCAUUAUCCAUUUAAAAGUUAAGAAAAACAAAUUUUGCAGGACAUAUAAAUUAGUGUGCAACAAUGAUGUAUACAAAUUUGCUAAGCAAACUAAUAGUUGUUGCUAACGACUUAAGUGUACUUUGUUUUGAAUAAAAAAUAUUUUGAGAGGAUAGUGAUGGUAUGUGAAAAUACAGAAAACUGUUUUGGUAUGUAAUGUACAAUGUGUUUUUUGAUGUGGGGGGGGGGGGACGGCCAGGCUUGCAUAUUUACAUUAACAUGUAGUUCAUAGUGUGUUGUUCUCAGUAUGAAGGUGGUAACUUCACAAGUGAACGAAAAAUUGUCAUUUGUACUGGUACACAAAUAUUCAGCAUCAUAAUACUAUAAAUAAAUUUGGUUUACUUUUGUAAAAAAAAGACAAGAAAAUGAUUGUAAACAGAUGUACAUCCAAAGAAGUUUUAGUUAUCAAUGUUCACCCACUUUAUAGAAAUGUUAACACUAUUCGUUGUUAAAUGGAUUGUUUCAAAUGAAAUAGUUAAAUGUCAUCUGUUAAGACUGUUAGUAUGUUUUUUUUGUAAAUAACUAAUAGUUUAUCUGUUUUCAUAUAUAUAUAUAUAGUAGUUUUCUUAAAGGGAAAUAAUAUUGUUAUACAACAUUACUACAUCAUUUUAUGUAAACUCAAUAGAUAAUAAACUUCUUUGUAAGAAUU